AAUGAUCAACAAAUUAUCCAGCCGUCAAACAUACGCCAAAAAUGACGGGCGCCUCAUUCAUUUAGUAUUAUAGUAGCCUACAGUAGGCCUACGUGGGCAUUAUGAUCGCUACAAAUGUGCGCAGUCGGCUAGCGAUCUCUAGACUUUAUGAUGCUGCCAUUGAAGUGAAUUGGAAUUAGGCUACGGACACGAGAACCGUCACCUGUCGCGCAGUUCUGGGUUGAAGCACUUUAUGCUUUGACGGGUUCCGAACAAUAGAACGGAGAAUGUGACCGUUCGAUCAGUUUCACCUGUGUUCUCUAAACCCAACCAAACCGGGGAGUGAUGUCAUUGGUUAGACCCGAGCAACUGGACCGGGGACAUUUUUACCUGAGCGUUAGUUAACUCAGUCAACAGACGCACUGACGAGCAUCCGUUGUAGUCUAAUCUACACGCGUUUCAUUCAGGGCCAGUUUGCCAGAACCGUGCCUCCGCGCGCUGUCACGAAUUGUGCGCUACACCUUUUCCACGGAAUUUCCAUCCGCUUCCAGAGGUCUGAAGAUAUGGCUGGCGUGUUCGCCUACGAAAGCUCUGAGGUGGACUGGUGCGAGGACAACUACAGACACUCGGACAACGUGGUGGAAUACUUUAACACAAUGAGCAGCUUCAUAUUCUUCCUCAUUUCUCCCAUCAUGCUCUACCUGUUGCACCCGUACGCCCGGGAGAGGAACCUGGCCGUCCACUUGGUGUGGCUUAUGAUGGUCUUUGUGGGUCUGUUCUCUAUGUAUUUCCACAUGACGCUGAGCUUCAUGGGGCAGAUGCUGGAUGAGCUGUCUAUCCUGUGGGUGCUGGCGCUGGGCUACUCCCUGUGGUUCCCACGCAAGCACUUCCCCUCCUUCAUCAAGGACAGAAAGUCCUUCUCCAGGAUGGUGCUAGCAGUGACGCUUGUGACCACGCUGUCAUCGUUUGUGAAGCCCACAGCGAACGCCUACGUGCUCAACUGCUUCGCCUUACACAUCCUCUAUUCUCUAUGUGUGGAGAUGAGGAGUUGCACUGACCAGCGAGUCCUGCGUCUGGCUAAGAUGUCUGUCGGGCUGUGGGCGCUAGCCAUCUCCUGCUGGAUCAGUGACCGUUUUGGAUGCAGCUUCUGGCAAAAGCUCAACUUCUGCUACUUGCAUGGCAUCUGGCACAUCCUGAUAGUGGUGGCCACUGCCUACGGAAGCACGCUAAUAGCCUAUUUGGACGCUAGUUUCGAGAUCCCCUACUCUCUGCCAGGUCUGCAGUACUGGCCCAAAGACGACUGGGUCCUGGGGCUGCCUUACAUUGUCCUGAAGGGUACCACCAAGACCAGAAAGGGCUGUUAAGAUGGACAAUCCUGAUGGUAUAUGAAUAUGAUGUACAAUUUUAAGGAACUGUCAGAGAUGUUUUUAAUUAUGUUGCACGAUCCUGGGUGAUGACAGGUUUGCAUUCUCUUGGUGGAAUGGACUGCAGCACUGUUGAAUUCCUCAUUGUUUUUAUACUGAUCUAUGCAUAGAUGGAUGAUGUCAAAUGAUGUGUAUUUGGUGGGGUGUGUGGUGUCAUCUUCAGUGUUGCUAAUACACAGAAUGGAGGCAUGUGAGUGUGUGUGUGUGUGCCUGUGUGUGUGUGUGUGUGUGUGUGUGUGUGUGUGUGUGUGUGUCAGUGUAAUCGAGUCACUAAACCUCAUGUCUGACUUGGUCUCGAGUCCCCAGUGUUCGAGUCCAAGUCCAAGUCACUAAGCGUCUGAGUCGAGUCCCCAGUGCCUUAGCCCGAGUCCAGAUCUUGCCCCCGACACUUGUUCACAAAGUAGUAUGAAUUGCAGAAGCAUCUUUAGAUAGAUAGAUAGAUAGAUAGAUAGAUAGAUAGAUAGAUAGAUAAAUACUUUAUUGAUCCCCAAGGGGAAAUUCAAGGUCCCAGUAGCUUAAGAUAUCACACACAAAAUACACUGCGACAUCACACUCAAAAUACCGUAGUGUUUACAGUGUAGUAAAAAUGCUGUUGUCCAAAUCCAAACAUGCAAUGAAUGCCUUAUAGAAGAUGCAAUCACAUUGCAUGCCUGGAAUAACACUAGGCUAUAUGGAACAAAUAUAAAAUGAACAAUAAAAGUUGCAAAUCCAUAGAAUACCAUUUAUUAUGAGGUGAACACAUUUAAUAGAUGAUAGAUUAAACCACGGAGUCUGAAUGGUUCAAAUGAAUAUAUGUAUCAUUAUCUUAUUCUGAAUGAUCUGGGUUAAUACAAAGAAACAAAACAACAACAAAAACAAAUCUGUGCGAAUCCGAAUGGUCCGAAUGCAGCCAGUGCUGUAGUCCAGGUGCGAGUCAUUGUGCUCAAGCUCAAGUCAAGUCAUGAGUCCUAAAAAUUAGGCCUUGAGUUGGCCUCGAGUCCAAGUCCAAGUGUGGGUGUCUGUCUGUCUGUCUGUCUGUGUGUCUGUGGUACAACAAUUGGCAACAUGAUGGCAAAAAAUUUCUGUUUUUUUUUUUAAGUCAUUAAAAGUGUUCUAUGGAUACAUACAUGUUUGAUGUAACAUUAACUGACUACAAUCUUUCUACAUUUGACCUCUAAAUGUGUUUAUGUUUAAUGUGAAAAGAUUAUGUUUACAGUGAACAGAUGACUUUCUCUCUCUGGUAUAUUGUGAUGGUGGCCUAAUGACGUCAGGCCUGACUGGUUAUGGGC